AUGAGUGUGAAAAUAUCAAGGCAUGCACUUCAAAUAUAUUCAGCUUUAUUGCCAAAUAUAAAUAAAGAGGCUAUAGUAAUAAGGUAUGUGUUUUAUUCCCUAUCCAAACAAAAGGUAAUUUUCUGGUUUUUCUCAUCAGUGCCGGCGCAGUUUAUACCGGGUCGAACAGGAGCGGGUCUACUCAUACUAAAUGGGUUCACAUUUUACAUGAAGAACCAUCAGGCGCAUGGGAAGAAGCAAUGGUACUGCUCCUCGAGGGAUGUACAUGGUUGUAGAGCGGAUGUUAUAACCUACAAAGGGUUUGACGGCAUUUAUUAUCUUCCGUCGCACAGGACAGGCAGCAUGGUCCUAAUAUUCAAGGACAACAAAUAUUGGAUAAACAACCGCUACCAAAACACCAUAAAUUGGACGUGCAGGGAUCGUAAGCGACUGGGAUGCAACAGCUGCAUCCAAACCACAGUUGAGGGUCGCUACAUAAAACACAAGGGUUUUCACAACCAUGACGACAAUUAUACGAAAUAUAAUUUCAACGACUGAUAUACGAAGUUCAAUCCAGCAUUGCCAAUUAUAACUUCUGUAGAAAGCUAUAAUGUUCAACAAGAUUAAUUUAGUUGUGAAAUAAAAAAAAUAUAGUGAUGCAACUUACUAUUAAAUUUUUGAUGUUUGUAGAUUUAUUGUGUAGGAAUUUUCUUAUUUAAUGUAUUUGGUGGGUUUGCCUAGAAUAGCUUUCGUUUCAUACAGAUGGAGCGUGUACGUAAAUAUUCUUUGCGCAUUUUGUUUCCGUUUAUCCCAAACUGGUGUGAGCGAGCCCAAACUCACACUGAGUUUGGCCGCCACCUUUGGGAUAAACGGAAACAAGUCACUCGCGUAAGUCGCCACUGGACGCGAAAUCAGCAUUUCGCAGAGGAUUCACCAUUUUUGGAUGAGGUUGUGUUGCAUACGACUACUUUUUCACACGCAGACUCGCCAACGCAACUAACGUGCUGGCCUCGGGACGCGCGACGCGACCGUCGAAGCGUCUAUUGACUUAAACAUAUUUAUGUAACUAAAGUAAUUGGUGACGGCGACCGGUAACGCGGUUAACCAUAUAUUUAUUUUAACCUGGCCAGCGUGGAUGAGUUGGUAUUCGGAUACGCGAUUCAGUCGCCGUCGCCCUGUAUAAGUGUGUACGCACUGUUUUUUCUAGGCGAUUCUAGUGUGCGUCUUGGUUGUAAAUCGCAUCUUGCGUUUCUAUAGAUUCAAGUCAUUGUUGAUUUUGCCAUACUUGUAAAAAGAGUCAAACAACACGUAAAAACACUUUUUUAGUAAUGAAGUAAUCAUGUAAGUAUAUUUGGCUUAUUCUCAGAAAACUGAAAUUUAUAAAAUCAAUUAGCCAUAUUUUUAACGAACUGGGUUUUAACUUUUUUAUAACUUAAAUUACUAAUGCUAGUUACAUACUUA